GCUGCAGCCAUGGCUGGGCCGGCGCGCCGCUGCUGCCUGGGCUGGGACUUCAGCACGCAGCAGGUGAAAGUUGUUGCUGUUGGUGCAGACCUGAAUGUCUUCUAUGAGGACAGUGUGCAUUUUGACAGAGACCUUCCACAAUUUGGGACCCAGGGUGGUGUGCAUAUCCACAAGGAUGGGCUGACGGUCACUUCUCCCGUCCUGAUGUGGGUCCAGGCUCUGGAUGUCAUCUUGGAGAAGAUGAAGUCUUCAGGCUUUGACUUCUCUCAAAUCCUCGCCUUGUCGGGGGCAGGCCAGCAACACGGAAGUGUAUACUGGAAGGCCGGGGCCAGCCAGGCACUGACAAGCCUGUCACCAGACCUCCCAUUACACCAGCAGCUGGAGGCCUGCUUCUCCAUCAGCGACUCUCCGGUGUGGAUGGACUCCAGCACCACAGCCCAGUGCCGCCAGCUGGAGGCUGCCAUGGGUGGGGCGCAGGCUCUCAGCUGCCUCACGGGGUCCCACGCCUAUGAGCGUUUUACAGGAAACCAAAUCGCAAAGAUAUUCCAGGAGAGCCCUGAGGCCUACUCCCUCACGGAGAGGAUUUCGUUGGUCAGUAGCUUUGCUGCUUCCCUGUUCCUUGGGUCUUACUCCUCUAUUGACUACAGCGAUGGUUCUGGGAUGAACCUGUUGCAGAUUUGUGACAAAGUCUGGUCCCAGGCCUGUCUUAGUGCCUGUGCCCCUGAUUUAGAGGAGAAGCUCGGACGGCCUGUGCCUUCGUCUUCAGUUCUGGGCACCAUUUCUUCCUACUACGUCCAGCGCUAUGGAUUCCACCCAGGAUGCCAAGUGGUGGCCUUCACUGGGGACAACCCAGCGUCUCUGGCAGGCAUGCGGCUGGAGGAAGGGGACAUUGCGGUCAGCCUGGGCACCAGCGACACCCUGUUUCUCUGGCUCCGGGAGCCCACGCCCUCCCUGGAAGGCCACAUCUUCUGCAACCCGGUUGACCCCCAGCACUACAUGGCCCUCCUGUGCUUUAAAAAUGGUUCCCUGAUGAGAGAGAGGAUCCGAGAUGAGUCAGCCUCCUGCUCCUGGAGUGAGUUCUCUAAGGCGCUGCUGGCCACGGAGAUGGGAAACGGCGGAAACCUGGGUUUUUACUUUGACGUAAUGGAGAUCACCCCAGAAAUUAUUGGGCGCCACAGGUUUAAUGCAGAAAACUGCGAGGUCUCAGCAUUCCCCAGGGAUGUGGAGAUUCGAGCACUGAUCGAAGGACAAUUCAUGGCCAAGAGGAUUCAUGCCGAGGGCCUGGGCUACCGAGUCAUGCCUAAGACAAAGAUUCUGGCCACUGGGGGAGCGUCUCACAACAGAGACAUCUUGCAGGUGCUCGCAGAUGUGUUUGAUGCCCCGGUGUAUGUCACAGACACUGCCAACUCGGCCUGUGUGGGCUCCGCGUACCGAGCUUUUCACGGCCUUGCAGCUGGAGCAGCGGUGCCCUUUGCAGACGUGGUGAAGUUAGCUCCACAGCCCAGGUUAGCUGUGACCCCGACCCCAGGAGCCGCUCAGGUCUAUGAGGCCCUCCUCCCACAGUACGCCAAACUGGAGCAGAGAAUCUUGUCCCAGACCCGGGGGCCCCCUGAGUAAAUUCUGCCUGCCCAGACUCACUGAGCCCACAUGGAGACGUGGCCCUGGACGGCAGAGACCAUCCCUGUUCUGGGGCGCUGCCUGCCUGUGCUGACUCCUCCAGUGCCCCAGCCCUGGCCAGGAGCACCUGGAACCCGGCCUUAGCGCGUCUUCCUGAAGACAGACGGGCUGCCUUUGCCCUGUGCCCUCAUGCCCCAGGGCAGGAAAGCAGCUCUCUUUUCCUGUCUUAUUCCAGGAGGCAGGGCACUGCUGAGUCUGAGAUACAUCCAAUAAAAAUUGUGCCGUUUCCCCUUUCAGAAAGCAGAAUUAAGGCAAAUACAAAGAUAUUAGAAUGGAGGGAGACAGCCCUCCCCCACGCCCUGACCCCAUCAGCCACCCUCCUCCACUCCCUGACCCCAUCAGCCAUCCCUCCCCCACAUCCCAACCCCAUCAGCCAUCCCUCUCCUACACCCCAACCCCAUCAGCUAUCCCUCCCCCACACUGUGACCCCGUCAGCCAUCCCUCCUCCAUACCCCAACCCCAUUAUCCAUCCCUCCCCCACACCCCGAACCCAUCAGCCACCCUCCUCCAUACCCUGACCCCAUCAGCCACCCUCUUCCAUACCCUGACCCCAUCAGCCAUCCCCCCUCCACAGCCUGACCCCAUCAGCUAUCCCUCCUCCACACCCUGACCCCAUCAGCCAUCUCUCCCCCAUACCCUGACCCCAUCAGCCACCCUCUUCCACUCCCUGACCCCAUCAGCCAUCCCUCCCCCACACCCCGAACCCAUCAGCCAUCCCUCCCCCACACCCCGAACCCAUCAGCCAUCCCUCCCCUACACCCCGACCCCAUCAGCCACCCUCCUCCAUACCCUGACCCCAUCAGCCAUCCCUCCUCCAUACCCUGACCCCAUGAGCCAUCCCUCCCCCACACCCUGACCCCAUGAGCCAUCCCUCCCCCACACCCUGACCCCAUCAGCCAUCCCUCCUCCACACCCUGACCCCAUCAGCCAUCCCUCCCCCACACCCUGAUCCCAUCAGCCAUCCCUCCUCCAUACCCUGACCCCAUCAGCCAUCCCUCCUCCAUACCCUGACCCCAUCAGCCAUCCCUCCAUACCCUGACCCCAGCCCACCCCCUUCUCCAACCCUGACUCUGACCAUCGCUCCCCAAGCUCUGGCCCACAGUCACCCACGCGCCAAACACCCCCGUCCCUCCACUCCCACCGUAUCCCCCAGCUGCCUUUCACACAGCCUGACACCCCCCAUGUCCCCAGUCUUCCCUCCACAUUUCAGGUAUCUGAAGUGCCCUCCCAGCUUCCUUUCUUAUCUGUCCCAUGCUCACCCCACCUUCAUUCCCUCAUCCUCCUCUCCCUUCAGCAUCUGCCCCCCUCCCCGUUUGAUUUCUCCUCUUUGCUCCCUUCGCCCCUCCACCUGGUGUGACACCUCCAACCUGAGAAACCUGACAGCCCUGACGGACAGGCAUCCUGUGCCCUCCUUCAGCUGCGACCAUGGCUGCCUGACUCCUGGGCACACCAGAUGACUUGGAGAGGUCAUCUCCCAGGUGGCACAAUUUAGGGCUUAUCUCUCUCUCUUUUUCUGUCUCUACUUGUUGAAGAAACUGGGUCAUUUAUCUGGGAGAAUUUCCCAAAUUCAGUAUUUCCUGAUUAUACCCUUGUGUUGUUGAGGUGUAAUCCGUACUGAAGGCUGUGGCCUUUGAUCUUCAUCUGUAAGUGCCUCAGGUCGUCUUCGCUUUCAUCAAGGAAGGCGUCAGCAAGCAACGUGAAGAAAACAAAAAUCCUCACAACUGGACCAAUAAGCCACAUCAUGAUAAACAGAAAAGAUGGAAGUUGUCAAAGAUUUCACUUUACCUGGAUCCACAAUCAACACCCGUGGAAGCAGCAGCGAAGAAAUCAAACAAUGUACUUCAUUGAGCAAAUCUGCUGCAAAGGACCUCUUUAAAGUGUUAAAAUGCAGAGAUGUCACUUUGAGAACUAAGCCAUGGUAUUUUCAGUUGCCGCAUAUGCAUGCGAAAGCUGGACAAUGAAUAAGGAAGACCAGAGAUUUGAUGCCUUUGAAUUAUGUUAUUGGCAAAGAGUAUUGACUAUAGCAUGGACUCUGAGAAGAAAGAACAAAUCUGUCUUGAAAGAAGUACAGCCAGAAUGCUUCUUAGAAGCGGGAUGGCAAGACUUCAUCUCAUGUACUUAGGACAUGUUAUUAGGAGGGACCAGUCCCUGGAGAAGGACAUCAUGCUUGGUAGAGGGUCAGCGAAAAAGAGGAAGACCCUGGACGAGAUGGAUUGACACAGUAGCUGCGAUUGUGGGCUCAAGCAUAACGAUUGUAAGGAUGGCACAGGACUGGGCAGGUUUUUUGCUCUGUUGUAUGUAGGGUCACUAUAUACAGUAAGUGUAUAAUAUGGGCAACCGUAUCAGGCAAAUCAAUGAAUGUGAAAAGACUCAGCUAUUAAAAAGUUUACAUUGGCUCACAAACCAGCAUCUUAUUUUUUGUUACUUACUAGAGACACACCUAAAAUAAACCGAUUCAGAAAAGCUAAAAAGUAAAGGGAUGGGCAGAGAUAUACCAGGCAAAUUCAAACCGUAAGAAGCCAAGACUACAGUAUUCACAUCUGACGAAGUAGAAUUUGGGGGAGACAUUAGACAAGACUAAAAAGGAUACUUUAUAAUUCUAAAAGCCAUCAAUUCACAAUGAAGAUCUAUUAGUUGUGAAUAGCUACGUGAGGAAAACAGAAACUUAGCAGUAAUAGGGAACUUUAAAACACUACUCUCAGUCCAAGACUGAAGUUAAGAAGAAAAAAUUAGAAAGGAUGUAGGAGAGCUAAACAGAAUAAAGUAGACCUGAAUAUGUAUUGAGCUGUACAUUCUGAUCAUAGAGAAAUGCCUGUUAGAAACACUGACUAUUUAAGCUGGCGCGGAGGAUAGUUUGGCAGUUCCUAAAAAAAUUAAACACAAAUACCAUAUGGCCCUGCAAUUCCACUCCUAAGUGUAUACACAAAAGAAUUGAAAGAGACACAAACAGACAAACGUACACCAGUGUUCAUUGCAGCAUUAUUCACAAUAGUGAAAAAGGUGGAAACAACCCAAGUGCCCAUCAACAGAGGAAUGGAUA